AUGGGGCAGGCCGGCUCUUCUCAAAGAACAUCGCCAGGAACUACGAACGACGGAGACCAGCCACGAUACAGUUACGGCAGCCUCGGCAGCACCAGCAACAAUAAUAGUAGUAGUAGUAAUGGCUUUCCAACUCCACCGACUUCUACUCGCGAGAGAAUGAGAAAUAGCGCACAUGUCCCUUCCUGGGCACGCUCCCCGGACAACAGUCGACAUGAAUCUCGGAGCAACACUUCCUCGUGGGUUCCGGAUGGCUCCUUGGAGGAAUUCCCUGCACCAGCUGGGUCUGUUACUCGAAGCAGCAGCGCCUCAGGCAACAGCAGGCAGUCUCGGAUGUCUCGUCUGGGUACGAGAAUACUUCCAAACUCCGUCUUGAGAAAUCUACUCAACAGCGGGGAGGAGACUCUAGCAGAAGGAAGAGCGCACCGAGACGGACUCUUGUCCAGGAGCUCAGCACGAUCAGACUCACCACAACCUACGCCACAUCUUCCAUCAUUUAGAACCCUUAGCACCCGGGGAAUAGCGCGGAGGAGAUCGAUUCGCGGGCCAUACGCCCUCCCGAGAGGGGAAUCGGCCUUGUUACCUGAUUCUCCGCCCAACCCGACUUUCUUAGAGAGCCCGUCCAACUCCCGAAUUACAGAUUCUCCCCGUCUUUCUUGGAGGUAUCGAACAAGGUUGAGUCACGUCCGACAUUCAAUAUCGGCCCCGAUAUCACACAUGUUUAAUCCGGCUUAUCCAAGCCAGGAAACCUCACCCGCUCCAACGCGACCCUCCCGUGCUGGACUCUCUGAUGAUUCAGACAGCCCACUAAACCUUCCCAGCAGCACCGAGCCAAAUAUGAAUGUCGAUAUGGAUGUUGACGAGGCUCAUGGACCCGAUGAUUCGGACUCGAGGCCCAGAUCUGGCCCAAGUCCGACCCCUGGCUACCACAACGCCUCCAACCAAAGACAUUCGACUAUCCGAUCUCGAGCAACAAGGUUACUAAGGCGAGAGGAGCAAACGCCACUCUCUCGCGUCCUGCAACUUGCUGCAACGGCAAUCGCUGCCCAGCUUUCCGGUAAUACAAGUCCAGCGGUACCUAGCAUCCAAUCCGUUGGCGCAGACGGCUUUGACGGUCCCUUGGAAUCACUCAUGAGCGGCUUACAGCAGGUCUCAGCUAACCAGGAGACUAUAAGUAACCUUGAUGCUCCCCACGAUCCAAACGUCCCCCAUGUGAACUUCUUAAGGGUGUUCAGGUUCGUAAACCAGGACAGCCCUUCUCAGCAAAACUCAAGUGAAGGGAGUGAGGACAAUACCGACCAGAUGGAUAUUGACGGGCAAGGCUCAACAGACGGGCAUCAAGAACGACGUUUGCUCACUUUAGUCGUUGUUGGUGUGAGAGCUGUACCACCCGCAAACGGAGCUGCGGGAGACGCUACCACCAACAACCGCCUAAAUGUAGAAUCCCUCCUCCGAUUACCGCUUCUGGCCCCAGGUAACUUCCUCCGCAAUGAUAGAAAUGGCAGUAACUUUUUACGACGCUCAGAUGGCCGUUCAAGAUUCUCCCCGCGACGUUAUUCAGUUGGAGGCAGCACUUUCCCAGCAAACUACGAUAGCCAGCGUCAUUUCAGAUCUCAGAAUUCUUCCAGGCGACCCUCUGAUGUUGGAUCCUCGAGUGACUUAGCCAGCUCGCUUCCAACUAUUCUCUCUGACAGCCCCCAAGGCCCAAACCCGCCUCCAUCCACGCCAGCAGAAGCGGGGUUAUCGAGGGUGUCCUCCGCCGUCAACACCCCAAGCAGGCGGCCUUCAUCUGCAUCAGCUAUUCUUCCCCAGCUUAAUGAGGAUGGAACUGGAGAGUCAGGUGACCCAUUGGAAGAACACCCAAUGGGCUUUAACCCUGCAAGACAACGCCGUAGAAGCGAUUCAGAGGCUGCUCGUCACCGUGGGCUGGGCUCCGGUGCUGCGCGAAGAAAUGGAGUAGUAGAACCUGAUGACCCUUCUCCAUCUGGAGGCCGAAGCUGGCUAAUUUACGUUGUUGGAACCAAUCUGGCUGAGAAUCACCCAGCAUUUGCUGCGCCCAGCCUGUUUACAGAUAACCCGACAUAUGAGGACAUGAUACUCUUGUCGUCCUUACUGGGCCCAGCCAAGCCUCCUGUUGCAACACAGGACGAGAUAGCUUCCGCAGGCGGCCUAUAUCGUCUUGUAGAGUACUCCGGGGCUCUGGUUGCAGAAAUAAUCGGCGAAGAAACUCGGGAGAACAUUCCAAUAGCUGAGAAUGAUCGUUGUCUCAUAUGUUUAUGUGACUAUGAAGCUGCCGAGGAAGUGAGAAUAUUGAAUAAAUGCAAACACGUUUACCAUCGCGAGUGCAUUGAUGAGAAUCAAAUGCUAAUUCAUCUCUAA